AUCUCUUCGCUGUCCUUUCUUUCUUUUCCAUUCAAUCCGUCCUGGUCUCUUCCUCUCACGCCCAAAUAAUUUCAUCUGCCGGGCACAGGAGACCAGGGGAAGCAGCAGCAGCGAGGCAAGGAGGCCAACGAAACCACCCAACCAACAGCCUCGCACAAGUUGCACAAAGAGGCCCGCACAGCUCUAGACUGGGGCCCGCCUGUUCUGCUCCAAGUCGAGGGCGCGCAUCCUCCCCUCUGGCAUGCUGCCGUGCAUCAUAGAUGAGCUCACACCAAAAAGACCCUUGAUUGACCUUUGCUUCCCCUGGGCUCGCUGUUUCUACACGCUUCCCACUUGAUAUAAGACCUUGACUCGCCUGCUCUGCUCUUUUGACAUUCAACGCAAUACCUACAAGCCUGCUACCCACACUCUUUCAUCCAUUGACAAAGAUGUUCACGCUCAUUCUCACCAGCAUGGCUGCCAUGGCAUAUGCACAAGUGCCCAUCAUCACACUCAACCCAAAUGUCCUCCUCCCAUUGUCGAGUACGCCUUCAGUGGUCGUGCCUUCAUCUUCUGUCGCAUUGCCCAUCUUCACAAAUACGGGCGCCCCUACAACUAUCACAUUGCCUCUGAACGCGUCUCCUCCCACACAGGUCGCGUCAAUCCUGCCAAUCUCGGUCCCAGCAGCGGUCAUUAGUCCCAUCACAUCCACCAUCACACAGACCAUCUGUGCAGUCUGCUCAAGCACACCCGUCGCAUCCAUUCUUCCAGUCGUCGUUGUUCCGGCAACCCUGGCGAGGAACUCUACUCCCACAUCUGGCUACACCGGCCCUAUCCGCUCUGGUGGCAGCAACUCGACUCUGGUUCAGGCGAGUGGUGCUGGUAACUUCGGUGCUGGCACUUUCGCCUUCUCGGCUGGUCUCCUCGCUGCAUCGUGCUUCACCUUGCUUCUUUGAGUUGGCAGAUAGUCACACUGCUCCACUCAAUCAUAUUAAAUACAUACAAAGGCCGGCGGUAUAGGUCAGGCUCAUCCAUAUAGCAAGCGUCACAUGAUGAUUACAAGACUCUCAU